AUGGCCGCCGCCUCCACCGACAACAAGACGUCGGGCUCGAAGUCGGCUUCUGCUUCCGGCGGUGCGAAGGUCCCGGAGCUCGAGGGCGUCACCCCUGAGAAGGCCAAGGACCUGUACUACGACAUGACGAUGGGGCGCGAGUUCGAGGAGAUGUGCGCGCAGAUGUACUACCGAGGGAAGAUGUUCGGCUUCGUGCACCUGUACUCGGGCCAGGAGGCGGUGUCGUCCGGCGUGAUCCGGAAUCUGCGGAAGGACGACUACAUUUGUUCGACGUACCGCGACCACGUGCACGCCCUGUCCAAGGGCUGCAGCCCGGGCUCCGUCAUGGCCGAGCUGUUCGGCAAGCAGACCGGGCUGUGCCGCGGCCAGGGCGGCUCGAUGCACAUGUUCAGCUCGGAGUUCGGCGUCCUGGGAGGGUUUGCCUUCAUUGGGGAGGGCAUCCCGGUGUCCCUGGGCUCGGCGUUCAAGAUCAAGUACAACCGCGACGUGCUCAAGGACGAGACCGCGGACCAGGUGUGCUGCUCGUUCUUCGGCGACGGCACGUGCAACAUGGGGCAGUUCUACGAGUGCCUCAACAUGGCCGCCCUCUACAAGCUGCCCAUCAUCUUCUGCGUCGAAAACAACAAGUGGGCCAUCGGCAUGAGCCAUAACCGCGCCACCGGACCCUCCUCCGGCGACGACGCGCCCAUGAUCUACAAGAAGGGCCCGCCGUUCGGCAUGCCCGGCGUCCUCGUGGACGGCAUGGACGUCCUGAAGGUCAACCAGGUGGCGCAGGAGGCCAUCGACCGCGCGCGCCGCGGGGACGGCCCGACGCUCAUCGAGUUCGAGACCUACCGCUUCCGCGGGCACUCCCUGGCCGACCCCGACGAGCUGCGGUCGCAGGAGGAGAAGGACGCGUACCUCGCGCGCGACCCCAUCCCGCGCCUGCGACAGCAGAUGCUGGACAACGGCCUAGCCACCGAGGAGGAGAUCAAGGCGAUCGAGGAGCGGGUCGCGAAGGAGAUUGACGAGGCUGUGGAGUUCGCUGACAAGUCUCCCAAGCCCGAGCCAGGGCAGCUGCUGGAGAACGUGUUCGCCGACCCCAAGGGCUUCGGCUUGGCGGAGGACGGCCGCUACAGGUACGAGAUCCCGGGCUUCACGACGGGCGACAUGGACCGCAUGCUGGACUGA